CUGAUUGGCCGCGCCCGCGGCCGGCCGGUUUGAAUCGCCGGUGCUCGACAGCCGUGCGGCCGGGCCGGGGCGGCGAUGGAGGGCGCGGAGCUGCGGUGCACCGUGGCCGUGGAGGAGCCGCUGCCGGGCGCGCAGGGGCCGCGACGCCGCGUGCUGCGCGACGCGCUGGUGGUGCUGGGCCGCAACGAACUGCGGGAGCCGGUGCUGCGGGUGAUCGGCGGCGGGGCGGCGGCGGCGCCGCUGAGCUUCGCGCUGGGCGGUGGCGCCGCGCGGCUCUUCACGCGCUUCGCGGGCGAGGGCCGGGCCGCGGUGCGGCUGGGUCCCGGCGGCGCUCAGCUGCUGCUCUCCAACUGCCCGCCCGCCGCGCUGCGCCCCUUCCUCCGCCUGCUGCGCCUCAAGCUGGCCGCCGGCCCGCGGGGCGCCCCGCGCGGCCCCCGCCUGCUGGCCCGCCCGCCGCCCGCCUUCGCCGCCAUCAGCCCGCUGCAGCAGCGCGACCUGCCCGGCGGCGGCGAGGCGCGGGGGCGCCGCCCGGCCCAGGCGACCGGCGUGGCGAGGCGGCCCCAGGCGAGGCUCUCGGCGGAGCAGGACGCAGUGCUGAGCGCGGUGUUGAGCGGCAAGAGCGUCUUCUUCACCGGCUGCGCGGGCACCGGGAAGUCGUACCUGCUGAAGAGGAUCGUGGGCUCUCUCCCGCCCCAGAGCACCUACGCCACGGCCAGCACGGGAGUGGCCGCCUGCCACGUCGGCGGCACCACGCUCCACGCCUUCGCGGGGAUCGGCUCUGGGAAGGCACCGCUAGAGCAAUGUAUUCAGCUGGCUGAGAGACCUGGGGUGCGUCAGCACUGGCUGGCCUGCCAGCACUUAAUUAUCGAUGAGAUCUCCAUGGUGGAUGGCAAAUUCUUUGAUAAGCUGGAGGCGGUGGCCAGGGCAGUAAGAAAAAGGGAUGAGCCUUUUGGAGGAAUUCAGCUAAUCAUAUGUGGGGACUUCUUGCAGCUGCCCCCAGUUUGCAAGGCUAAUGAAGAAACGAAGUUCUGCUUCCAGGCAAAAAGCUGGAGGAAGUGUAUCCAAAUAAAUAUGGAAUUGACUGAAGUGCGGAGGCAGACCGACAAGACCUUUAUCUCGCUCCUCAGUGCAGUUCGUCUAGGCAGGUGCACAGAGGAGGUUGCCAGACUGCUGAUGCAGACAGCUACUAACAGGGCUGAGCGCGAUGGGAUCCUGGCUACUUGGCUCUGCACCCAUAAGGAUGAUGUAGAACUAACUAAUGAGAGAUGCUUGCAACAGCUGUCAGGAGAAGUGCACACUUUUGAGGCUUUGGACAGUGACCCAGUGCUAGUUAAAUUAAUCGAUGCUCAGUGUCCUGUGGGUAGUAGAGUUGAGCUAAAGCUUGGAGCUCAGGUGAUGCUGGCUAAGAAUCUGGAUGUGUCACAAGGGCUGGUGAAUGGGGCACGAGGAGUUGUUGUAGGGUUUGAAAGUGAACAGAAAGGGCUGCCUAAGGUGAGGUUUCUCUGCAGGGUCACAAAGGUCAUCAAGGUGGAGCGAUGGGUCUUCAAAGGGCCAUCUGGAGUUUAUCUGAGUCGUCAACAGUUGCCCCUAAAACUGGCAUGGGCCAUUUCCAUUCACAAGAGUCAGGGCAUGUCUUUAGACUGUGUGGAAAUCUCCCUCUCUCGUGUCUUUGAAAAUGGGCAGGCUUAUGUAGCCCUUUCCCGAGCCCGUAGCCUUGCAGGUCUCCGUGUUCUGGAUUUUGACCCAAAAGUUGUGAGAGCAGAUCCUUCUGUGCUGCAGUUCUACAGACAGCUGAGAAGUCAUCAACUUCUAACUCGGGAUUCUCUGCACACACGUUCAGAAGUUGAUGAUGAGAAGGAGAAUAGGAAAUGCAGCUGAGAAUGCCCUUCUGGCCUCUGUGAGGCAUCAGCAUAGACUGCUAUGUGGCAGCAAUCUUGCUGUUGAGCAUAUCUGAUAUCAUAGGUGAAGUUGAAUUUUUUUUUUUUUUAAUGGGUGUUUCAUCCAGCUGACUAUGGAUGUGUAGAAGUCUCCCUGUACCAUGUCUCUGAAAGUUGGGAGGCUGCUGUAGCCCUUUGCUGGGCCUACCAUCUUGAGUACUUCUGUGUGUCACAUGUGACUCUAGCAAAGUAACUGACUGAACAAGGAUGCAUCUGAGGGACCUUCCUAUGGUUUUAUCCUGCUUGCCUGGAGGAAAGACUGCAUUUUAUUCUCCAAAUAUGUAGAUGGUGAAACUUGUCUGCUUUUCUUCAAGUAUUCCAGGGUUGAGAGGUGAAAGGCUUGUGUCCCUUUGUCUGGAUGGAUUGGACCAGUUCACUGGAGCUGUUGACAGGAGAGAAGGCAGUGCUGAGUACCUGUAAUAUAUGCUUGGCUCUCUUGCAAGUAAGGAGUUGCCAGGAGCUAGGCUAUCACUUCAUAGUAUGCUAUGGAGUUCUUGUAAAGUACCUGACUUCCUCAUGUUUGACAGCAGGAAGCUUUGCAUAACUUCAUCCAGAAGCAGAGGGUUGUACCUUGCCUGUUAUGCUGACAUAUCCUUGUUGUUAGCCUGUUACAUACAAUAACAUGCAUUUUUUUAAAAUCUAUUUUUAUAUCUUUAACCUGGUGCCUCCAAAAGGAGCUGAUGCUGUUAAAGUUAGCCCUAUAUUAUAUUCCCAUAACCAUACAACUGCAAGAAUCAUGGAGCUGCAUUGCUACUAGAGCAAGAAGUGAAUGAGGAGAGGAGUGCUGGUUGGUGUUCCUUUUGUUUAAACACAUGAGGCCCCUCUUGAAUGGGAGGGAGGGUCUGCUGGGAACAGCACUAAUGCAUUGGAAGUUGAAUGGGCAAUGGGGAAUGAUGGGCGAAGAGCUGCUGAGGGAGCUGUUUAUUUCCAGUGAGCUAUAGCUCCACACGUUUCUGUAAAAGAUGAGCUAACAUACUGUCUUAUUAAGGACUUAAUAAAGGAAAAACCUUGGCCUUUUA